UGCACGCGACAGCAUCUGACCGUUGUACUACCAGCUGCCGCCGUAGCUACUAUGGUAACGCGUCGCGUAAAAGUCUACCAAGUGCGCUUACGAUCACGCUGCGCGAGAGAGGCGUGUUGACAGGUUGGACUGGGCUCAUCCAUUGACAGCUUGUCGCGCUUUUGCGUUGCCUCAACUUGUCUCUCUGCGGCAUUGUGAUAAAGUAACAUCACUGGCGUCCAUCGCACGUGUUUGUUCAGAUUGACGUGAGAUUCUCUGAUCAAAAAAAAAAAAAAAAAACCGCGCGGUAGAAAAUGGUGAACGAUUACAAGUGACUAAAUGCGAGCCGAUCAAACUCGCGACUGUUGAUUAGAUAGUGUUUAUGUUGAUGAGUUCAUCUGCAAGUGUUCUCAUCUCCGGUACAUCAAUGACAGUUGCAAGUAAGACCAGCGUACAGACUGGAGCAACUACACGACAAAAAACAACUUGGACAAAAUCGAUUUAUACGGUUGACAGCUUGCGCUACGUCAGUGUUUUGUGAUUCAACUUUUAACAAUUACAUCUGAUUGAUACACAUUUCCGUUUUUUCGGAGCCUGAAAAAAAGUAGUAAGCUGGUGAUCGUGAAAUAAUGAUUAAAAUAAAUCAUGAAGUUAUAAAAAAAUGUACGCUAAAUCCAAUAGACUAAAUAUAACAACUAUAAAAUAAAUGUUUAAACAAUCAUCAAAUCAUAAAGUUCUUUGAAACAUCGAUCUUUAUUUCACAUUAUAUAUCUUUAGCUUCUUUGAAUAUUAAUUAAUAAUCAAAUUACUUUUGCACUGAAAACUAAACUAACGAGACAUAUGCGUUGCACGCUUUGAAGAAUAUUAAAAAAAUUGAAAUACACAUUUGGCUUUUAAUGAUUUAUUUUGUUACGUCUUUAUCUGAUUGAUGUUUGACACUUCUCUGACAAAAAGCAAAGUGUUAAGGGAAUGGAAAUCAAGAUGCUUGUCUGAUAAAGAUGAGGAUGCAAAUAACAACGACGAUCCGAUCUCAGAUGUACAUCGUGGACAAGUAUCGGAUAGCCACAUUCCUUCUUUAAAAUAGAAAAGGCAUACGUGACCGUGAGGAUUGUGAAUAUAACGCGUUUACUGCUAGUAGCGGUAUUGUGUUAACACACAAGAAAAACUGAAGAUUAAUGAGAAAACGAUAGGUUUGAUAGAGGGCAAAGAGAACUCGCAUGUUUCGUUGUUUCGAAAGUACAGCGAGAAAGCGUUCAUUUUGCAAGAAGAAAGUUUGAACAACACGUAGUAUAACAAGCAUCACAUGCGUGACGUAAUUUCUCGCGCUAGAUUCAAGCCGUGAAUUUAUUUAUACCAACAAAGAUAUUGCCUAAAUUUCACGGACAGACUACAUGAAUAGACGAAAAUUGUUUCGACACUUCAGAGAAAUCGAUGAAACUUAGGAAUGAACAUGAAAUUCAAGAGAGCUUGUUGAUCUUUGAAUCAACUCAAGUCAAAUGGGUCAAAUAAACAACCUAAAGAAUCUUGGUAGAUUACAUGUAUGUGUAACGCAUGUAAUUUGCUCUUUCUGGCCUGGUUUUUAUUGAUUAAUUGUUGCUGUGCAAUAUAUUGAGCGUGUUUCUAUAAGUUUUUCACAUCGGUAUAUAUGUACAUACAUAGAACAACCUCAGUUGGUUUGUACGGAAAACAUCUCGGUGUCCGAAUCGCGUUAAGCACAUUCGGAAUUUUACAGGUUGCUCUUCUUAAACCAAGCUGGCAACUCACCGAGGUGUAGCUUCACCACGAAAUUCUUCUAAAAUAAAAAGUAUACAUAUUACAUAUUGUUUACGCGUACUUCUGAUUUGGAGCCUACCUAAAAUUGUACGUCUCUUAUUGCAAUCGAAUUUCGCACAAGAGUGCAAAAGAAGACAUGUAUAUACUCAUGUCGACGUGAACUAUAAUGAUUAGUAUAUACAAUGAAUGUUAUGUCACAAUGUUAUGAAGUGUUUUUUCAUGCUAGAAUAAGUUAAAGUCGCUACGAGCGAAUGGCUUAUCGAACUCAAGUGCUAUAGCACCUCUGAGCGGUAUUCCAUCUUCAAAGCAUCUCACAAAACGUGUUAAGGGCGAUGAUAAUCAACGCGGGCCACUAAGUCAUCGACGAACGGACCUCCUACUGCGUGGACCGGUGUGAUCCCUUCGUCGAGAGUUGAAACUCAGCAGGCGAUCACGUUGGAUUUCGAGGCGUUGACUGCCUACGGGAGCGUUUCAGAACCCAGGGUCGCGGUGGCGGGUACCGGGGUUCUCGCGCUGCCCGGCUUGAUACCCGAUAAGGGUUUAUCAUCGCCCGGAAGCCAGUCGAAGUCAAAAUCCGCAGGGCUGGCGGGUUUCGAUAGCGAGGCGCUGCGCCGGUGGGUCGCGGAGACCACGCGAACAGUUCGGCAAAGUCUGCCUCCGGUGUUGGUGACUGUGAGCUCGCCACAACCGCAGCAGCAACAACAACAGCAUCAUCGUCAGCCGCAGCAGCAGCAGCAACAUCAUCAUCACCAUCACCAUCAUCAUCAUCAUUCCACCCAUAGGCAGCGUCAAGAAUCGAGCCCACCGUCGGUGGGAUUAUCGCCCUUUGUUCUGCCAGCAUCGAUGACGCAGACUCCCAGUAUGCAUCUGCUGGAGAACAAUAACUUGGUUGAGGUCGCCAUGGUCCAGCAGCAGCAGCAACAACAACAACAACAACAACAACAACAACAAUCUCAGCAGUCAAUACAGAAACAGAAACAAACAAGUCCUACGAACAAUAACACUAUAGAAGCCUGGAGGUCGAUUCAAGGCGGGCAUCAAUGGUGGAGUCCGCCCAAUAGCGUUCACCAGGAGCAACAACAGCAGCAACAGCAGCAAGUAUCGUCGAUCGCACAGGUGUCUCAGACGCAGAAUCUGGUCGCCGGAUCAGUAUGUAGCCAGGUGCAGCAGAGGCAUCAACCGCAAGUGCAAUCGGAGAUCGAUCAGCCGCUCGAUUUUUCCGUUGGCUCUCUCCAGCAGCAAAGGCUGCAUUCUCGCGUAAGGACUAUGCACGAAAGACUGCAAGGUGUCAAGAUGCACGACAACAACAACGGCACGACGAGCGGUCAGAAGAUCACCAGGGGGGACGUUAGCAGGCGUAGUUACAGCCCUAGUGAGACCAGCAGCAGCAGCAGCGAGGACGAGGGUGUCUCUAACGGCGCCAGCCCUUCGGGACCUCUUCGGGGUGCCUCGGACUCGUGCGAACUGCUCGCUGAACGACCUUACGGUAAAGUUUGGAUACGCGACAAUGAAGUCGCGUGGCGGACAGACCAGUCUUUCAAGAGGACAUCACCCUUAAAUCCUUGUGCCACAACGACUACCUCGACGACGACAGGUGGCGGGCCGUUAAUACAUCCCCACCUGUCACCACCCUUAGCCGCCGCUGUUACCACCACCGAUCACAGAAAUUCCAGCAGCAUUCAUGCGAAGCUUGGCAUCUCGUCCGGCUGCGAAGUGCUUGCUCAAAUCGAUAAAGAGGAGCCAGCCUCGCCGGAAUCCAUACAAGAUGCAGACUUACACGGUGAUGUUGAUGCACCUGAUCUCAGUGGCGACGACAGAAGUAUCGCAAGCGAUAUUCACGAUGCCACAGAAGCACACCUGGAUUCCGACUCGGACAAGGAAGCUCUUAACUUGGUCACGGAUGGUUCGCAUCGAAACAGCAGUAGUGGAACCAGCGGCAGUGCGUCAUCGCCGAGCUCCGGAGUCAGCAGCCAGCUCGCCGGCAGUCAUCCGCAACAACAACAAGCGCAAACGCAACACUCGUCUACCCAACCGAACAACAGCAACUCAGCCUUAGCAGCCGCCCAGUUGGUCAGCCAGCAAUUGCUGAUGCACGGGUCUCUUGCGGCUCUAGGGCCGCAGGAUAUUCAGGCGCUCGCCUCUACGUUGCAGCAGCAGCAGCAACUGACGCAGCAUCUGCAAAUCGCUAUGUUUCAGCAGGCUAAUCCGGCGGCGGCAGGACAGCUACCCGCACAGGCGCAGUUCUUUCUGCAGAAUCAGGGGCUGUUGCAGAGCGGUGGCUACCCGACGAGACCGAGUCAACCGCGCUCACAGUCCAUGCAGGUACAACAGGCGGUGGCGCAAGCAGCUCAGCAGUUGCAAGCCUUGCAGAAGCAGCAAGCUCUUCAGAAUAGCAGCAAUUUGGUCAGUCGAAAUUUGACGCAAAGAACUCCGCCACCGUCGGGUACACCGCCGGCGAUAAAAGCACCACCUACGAGACUGGAACCUUCGCCCGAAGAGACGACGGAUCUCGAGGAAUUAGAACAGUUCGCCAAAACGUUCAAACAACGUCGGAUAAAGCUCGGAUUUACUCAGGGAGACGUGGGACUCGCAAUGGGCAAACUCUACGGCAACGAUUUCUCUCAAACCACAAUUUCCAGGUUUGAAGCGUUGAAUCUUUCGUUCAAAAAUAUGUGCAAGCUGAAACCACUGUUACAAAAAUGGCUGGAGGACGCCGAUAAUUCCUUGAACAAUCCCAAUUCUCUGUCGAAUCCACUUACGACGCCGGAAGCGAUCGGCAGACGACGAAAGAAGAGGACGUCGAUAGAGACCAGUGUGAGAGUCGCCCUGGAGAAAUCCUUUAUCCAAAACCCAAAGCCAACGUCUGAAGAGAUAACCAUACUGGCGGAUAGUCUAUCGAUGGAGAAGGAAGUGGUUCGCGUGUGGUUUUGUAACAGAAGACAGAAAGAGAAGAGAAUUAAUCCGCCAACCGCAGCGAUGGGCAGUCCAACGAUGGCGUCACCGGCGCCCUCGAUGUUGGCCUCUCUCGCCAAUUCCAUGUCGGGCAGCCCCCUAGCUCUCACAACGCAUUCCUCCAGCAUAGGCCAUUCCCACCCUCACUCGACACCCUUGCCCUCACCGUUGCCCCUCGCACUGGUAGCUUCGGCGGGGGGCAAUUAUCAUCCGUCGAACAGUAAGUCCCACGAGUGACAACAGGAAUCGACCCAUCAAGGGGAUAUACUCUAUCAUCGUAGGCAACAGCAACAGCAGCAGCAUCAGCAGCAACAACGACGCUUGUGCAAUCUGUCGGAUUUUUAUUAUUAGCCGGUUUUGCAAAAACCGGUUGCGGCAGAUAAGACCCGUUUCGGACCUCGAAAUCCGAACAAUAUACAUUUUUAUAUAUUUACUCAUUAUAUUUGCGUAUAUUAUACUCUCAUCGUGACACUCGAUAACUUUCCGACGCUCGACUUUGUUUUCGAACGUUACGAUAAAGCCACGAUCGUCGAAACAGAGAUGUUUAAUGUUACUUAUGAUGUAAAUAUAACAUCAUUACGUUUAUAAAUCAUUAUAUCAUCGGUGAUACGGAAUGCGAUUAUCGCCAUUAUCACCGAUAUCGAAUGAUUUGUAUAUUCGGCAUCGUUGACGAUAUUGUAGCGGGUGAAAUUCAAUCUCGAGAGAACGGAUAGAGUUCACGCGUCAAAGACGAAGCAAGAGGACGAUCGAAUGAGAAAAAAAAAAAAAAAAUACAGGUAGGAAAAAUAUUAAUCUAAAUAUGAGAAUAUGUAUAAAUGCAUGUGGGUCGUUGUUACAUCGUCUGACGUUGCCUAAAAUUCAAUUUGCUAUUUAGAUCGUUUUAUUUAUAUCUAGCAAUAUUAAGACGUUUGUUUAUUUGCAGAAUUCAGUUUUUAAAUUUUACAUUAUUUUUGCAGAACUUCUAUUUUAUUGACGUGUUUGUAAUAAUUACAUUUCAAAAGAUGACAAUCGACGAUUUGUAAAUUCUCGUCGACUGUCACUUUUUUCUCAGUAUUAUCAUUUUUGUCCACAAUAUCCUCGAUAGAAUUGUCAUCACACUUGAAUACAUUGUGUCUCAUGGUUUUAGAGCUGUCUAGCAGUUUAACCCUUACGGAUCUGUAUAAGUAUAUACGUUUCAAAAGUGUCUAAGUAAAUUCUUGGGACAUUAUGUCUUCUAUAUAUACUUUGAGACGCGAGCGUCUCUUAAUUUUAGUUUCUAUUUUAUGUUUUUAUUCUUUUAAAUUUUCGUUCAGAUAAAUUACAUAUAUAAUUUCAAUUCUAUAUUUCAAUUCUAUAGCGGCAAAACAGAUCUGUAAAGGUUAAAGUUACAUAAUCGUUGGUUUUUUUUCGUUAUUUCUUUUUUUUUUUUUGAAAAUUAUUUAUUAAAUAACGCCUUUUCGGCGCAUCUUUGUGGUAAGCAGGGUUCUAGUGAGUCUCAAUGACAAAAUGCGGCGAGGUCGGACAAUACAAUUGUACAUAUAAUUAAUAUAUAUACACACACACACACACACGUAUAGAUGUAUAUCUUUCUUUCUCUCUCUCUCUCAUCGUAUCGUACAUAUCCGUGUAACGAGGCUGUAUAUAUCACAAACGUAUAUUUAAUAUAUAAAAAGUUUGCAACCUAAGAAUGUGUGCAAGGCGCGCGAAUGUCUACACGCGGUGCUAGACUGCUCCGAUUUGUAUUAUUACAAUUGAAACGCGAAGCGUUUGCAAUUCAUGCCAAAGUAAAUUGUUGUGAAUGCGUGUACAAUAAGUAUUAUACGUGUGUAUUAUAAAAAAAAAAAAAAACGUGUAUAUUCGAGAACAGAUGAAUUUUUCAUAGAAAUUUCGGAAGCAAU